UAAUGAAAAAGAAGAACAAUACAACCAAAAUAGACUUGAGACAGCGGAGCAGCUGACAUCAUUUAGCAGAAAUGGCUGCCACCGGAGUGCUUCCCUUUAUAAGGGGGGUAGACCUCAGUGGGAACGACUUUAAAGGUGGAUAUUUCCCAGAACAUGUCAAAUGCAUGAGCAGCUUGCGAUGGCUCAAACUGAAUAGGACCGGGCUGUGUUACCUCCCAGAGGAGCUUUCCUCUCUACAGAAGCUGGAGCAUCUCUCAGUGAGCCACAACAGCCUGACCACCUUACACGGGGAGCUGUCCAGUUUGCCAAACUUGAGGGCUGUGGUUGCACGUGCCAACAACCUGAAAAACUCUGGCGUCCCAGAUGACAUCUUCCAGCUCGAUGACCUGUCUGUGCUGGACCUGAGCUACAACCAGCUGACGGAGAUCCCCAGAGACCUCGAGAACAGCAGGAACAUGCUGGUGCUCAAUCUGAGCCACAACGGCAUUGACUCCAUCCCCAACCAGCUGUUCAUCAACCUGACUGACCUGCUGUAUCUGGACCUCAGCGACAACAAGCUGGACAGCCUGCCUCCCCAGAUGAGACGCCUGGUCCACUUGCAGACUCUCAUCCUGAACAACAACCCACUGAUGCAUGCCCAGUUGCGACAGCUGCCAGCCAUGGUGGCGCUGCAAACUCUCCACCUGAGGAACACCCAGAGAACGCAGAGCAACAUGCCCACAAGCCUGGAGGGUCUCCUGCAGUUAGCAGAUGUCGACUUGUCCUGCAACGACCUGACUCGGGUACCGGAGUGCCUCUAUUCACUGGGAAGUUUAAAACGCCUCAACCUGAGUAGUAAUCAGAUCUCGGAACUGUCGCUCUGCAUUGACCAGUGGACUCAACUUGAGACGCUCAACCUGAGCCGCAACCAGCUCACCUCAUUGCCUUCGGCCAUCUGUAAGCUGUCCAAACUGAAAAAGCUGUACGUGAACUCCAACAAACUGGACUUUGACGGGGUUCCACCUGGCGUGGGCAAACUGUCCAAUCUGGCCGAGUUUAUGGCCGCCAACAACAACCUGGAACUCAUCCCCGAGGGACUCUGUAGGUGUGGCAAACUUAAGAAGCUCGUGCUGAACAAAAACCGCCUGGUGACACUGCCCGAGGCCAUUCAUUUCCUGACCGACUUGGAGAUACUGGACGUGCGCGAGAACCCCAACCUGGUGAUGCCCCCCAAGCCGGUGGACAGAGCAGCCGAGUGGUACAACAUCGACUUUUCCCUGCAGAACCAGCUACGCCUGGCCGGGGCCUCGCCCGCCACUGUGGCAGCGGCCGGGGGAGGAGCCAGCCCUAGAGAUCCCCUGGCGAGGAAGAUGAGGCUGAGGAGGAGAAAGGACUGUUCCCAGGACGAUCAGGCCAAGCAAGUGCUGAAGGGCAUGAGUGAUGUCGCACAGGAGAAGAAGAACCUGGAGGAGAACGGGGAUUUGAAAUAUGGAGAUUUAAAGGUACGGCGAUGGGAUAAGAGUCUGGAGAAGCCGCAACUGGACUACUCUGAGUUCUUCAUGGAAGAUGCGGGCCAGAUACCGGGUGUGAGCGUAUGGCAGAUCGAGAAUUUCGUUCCCAUGCAAGUCGAUGAAACAUUCCACGGAAAGUUUUACGAGGCCGACUGCUACAUCGUCCUCAAGACGUUUUUGGACGACAACGGAGCGCUGACCUGGCAGAUCUACUACUGGAUCGGCCAGGAAGCCACACUGGACAAAAAGGCCGGCUCCGCCAUCCACGCCGUCAACCUCAGGAACUUCCUCGGAGCAGAGUGCCGGACGAUAAGGGAGGAGAUGGGAGAUGAAAGCGAGGAGUUUAGCGCCGUCUUUAACAACGAGAUCUCCUACAUCGAGGGAGGCACCGCCAGUGGAUUCUACACCGUGGAGGACACACACUAUCCUGUCAGGCUGUACAGAGUUUAUGGCAAGAAAAACAUCCGCCUGGAGUCCGUACCCGUGAAGUCCUGCUCCCUCGAUCCACGGUACGUGUUCCUGGUGGACACCGGGCUGGAAAUCUUUAUCUGGAGGGGAGCCAAUGCCACGCUGAGUGGGACCACAAAGGCCAGGUUAUUCGCCGAGAAGAUCAACAAGAACGAGCGUAAAGGGAAGGCGGAGAUCACAACCCUCAUGCAGAAGCAGGAGCCUCCCACUUUCUGGGAGAUCCUGGGGGGGCAACCGGAGGAGAUUAAGAAACACGUCCCGGAUGACUUCGCUCCCGUCAGACCCAAACUAUACAAAGUGGGUUUGGGUCUGGGCUACCUGGAGCUGCCCCAGAUCAACUACAAGCUGUCCGUGGAGCACAAAGACCACAAGAUCAAACUGGACACCAUGCCGGAGCUCAGACUGCUGCAGUCGCUGCUGGACACCAAGUGCGUGUACAUCCUAGACUGCUGGUCCGACGUCUUCAUCUGGAUCGGGAGGAAGUCUCCCCGGCUAGUCCGAGCCGCCGCUUUAAAACUGGGCCAGGAGAUCUGCUCCAUGCUGCACCGCCCCAAACACGCAUGCGUCACCCGGAACCUGGAGGGCACCGAAUGCCAGGUGAGACACGGCAACACGGCAUCGCCGGUUGAAGACUCCACUCAGGUUCCUCAGGUUCCUCCUCCUCCUCUGCGUCAGGUCUUUAAGUCCAAGUUCAAGAACUGGGACGACGUGCUCAAGGUGGACUACACCAGAGCGGCAGAGACGGUCCAGCAGAACGACAACCUCCAAGGCAAGGUGAAAAAGGACGCGGAGCAGAAAGACCAGAUGAAAGCGGACCUCACCGCGCUCUUCCUUCCCAGGCAGCCGCCCAUGCCGCUCACCGAGGCUGAGCAGCUGAUGGAGGAGUGGAACGAAGACCUGGACGGCAUGGAAGGAUUCGUUCUGGAGGGGAAGAAGUUUGCUCGUCUUCCAGAGGAGGAGUUCGGCCACUUCUUCACCCAGGACUGCUACGUGUUCCUCUGCAGGUACUGGGUGCCCGUGGAGUACGAGGACGAGCAGGAGAAGAAAGCGGGCGAGGGCAAGGAGGGCGAGGACGAGGAGGACAAGCAGCCCGAGGAGGACUUCCAGUGCGUGGUCUACUUCUGGCAGGGGCGGCAGGCCUCCAACAUGGGCUGGCUCACCUUCACCUUCUCCUUGCAGAAGAAGUUUGAGAGCCUUUUCCCCGGAAAACUGAAGGUGGUGCGUAUGACCCAGCAGCAGGAGGACCUCAAGUUCCUGUCCCACUUCAAGAGGAAGUUCAUCACCCACAAAGGGAAGCGGAAACAGAAGACCGACUCGGCCCAGCCGUCGCUCUACCACAUCCGCACCAACGGCAGCGCCCUCUGCACCAGGACCAUCCAGAUCGGAACGGACUCGGGAAAUCUCAACUCGGAGUUCUGCUUCAUCCUCAAAGUCCCGUUCGAGAGCACGGACAAUCAGGGAAUCGUGUACACUUGGGUGGGCCGCGCCGCCGACCCCGACGAGGCCAAGCUAGCCGAGGACGUCAUGAACAGCAUGUUUGACGACACCUACAGCAAGCAGGUCAUCAACGAGGGGGAGGAGCCAGAGAACUUUUUCUGGGUUGGCAUCGGAGCUCAGAAGGAAUACGACGAAGACGCCGACUACAUGAAAUACGCUCGACUCUUCAGGUGCUCCAAUGAGAAAGGUUACUUCUCCGUCUCGGAGAAGUGCUCGGACUUCUGCCAGGACGACUUGGCCGACGACGACAUCAUGUUGUUGGACAACGGCAAAGAGGUGUACAUGUGGGUCGGUACUCAGACGAGUCAGGUGGAGAUCAAACUGAGCCUCAAAGCCUGCCAGGUUUACAUCCAGCACAUGCGCUCCAAAGACACCCAGCAGCCCAGGAAACUGCGACUGGUACGCAAGGGCAACGAGCCGCACUGCUUCACGCGCUGCUUCCACGCCUGGGGGGCCUUCAAGACGCCGCCCUCGUAGACCGCCCCUCCAUUAAGAUGAAUGCCGCGACAGAAUGUUAUGAUAAAAGAGCUAUAUUGUGUCAAAGAGGCCAUUCCUCCAAAUGCUGUAAAUGCUCAGUGACAUUUUGCACAUCAUCUGAAGCAAAGUCUGAAUUUUUGGUUUUUCCCGCCAUACUUGAUGCUUCAUACAGUACACCCACCUAAUGAUGCCCCCGCCGCCGCCGCCCCCCCGCAAGCCAGACCCAUCCGUCACGUAGAGACGCUUUAGUCAGCACUUCCACAAGGUGAAAGGUCAAUCAUUGCCAACCUGGGAGAUAAACUUCUCGUCGCUUUUUAGUCCACCACCGCGCUCUAACAUCUUACAGGUCCACGUCUUUCUGAAGGGGAACAAAAAAUAUAUAUUUUAAUGGGAGAUCAUAUCAAGAUACAUAUCUACGUUCAAGUACCACAGUUGGUCAUGUCGUGAUGGCGUCUGAGCAUGAGCUAUAUUUUCUUAUUUUUUUUCCUGUUAAGGAGCGUUUGAGAACAUCACCCCCCCCCCACACCCCCCUCCACCCCACACUACACUCAUAAGUACGUGUGAUCCCGACGCCACCCGCAGAUGCUUUAUUUAUGUAUUUUAUAUUAAAGAGAAAUAAUAAGUCUCCACACAUCACUGUUGAGUGUUCAUAUAUUGUUUGUGGAUGAGAUGCUAGAUUUCUGUAGUGAUGUGUGGUCAGGUGAAACAUAGCAACAGGACCACCAUGGGGGGGGGGGGGGUUCGGACAGUUUCAAGGGCCCGCAAAUCUCGUCUUUUUUUGGCAGUAAAAGUUGAGCCACGUGUUGUAAACAGACAAUAAAGUUUACUAUAGGGGUGUUAUUUCAUGUCUACAGGGCUCUAAUAAUGGCAAGAAUCACAUUUAGAUCAACAUACUGGUUUUCUAUGCUCCAAAAUAUAAAAAUUAAAAAAAUAAAAAUUUAUUUAUAUUUAAUCCUACUUUAGUUCAUCUAUCACGCUCAGGUCCGGAACUAAUUACCCUAAAAAAAUAAUAAUAAUAAAAAAAAAAAAUGAAGGACUCUACUUCAUACCCAAAUAAGCAAUGAUAAAAUAUAUAAAACUAUGCCACAUAGAGAGUACAUCAUUUUUAUUAACAUUCACAAUCCAUCCGCUGAAAUUGCUAAAUGACUCUUAAAAUACUAACCACAAAAGUCAAUGACAAAAAAAAAAGUCAAUUAUUCAUCUUAAGUGUGGAAUUAAAACCUGCGGCGGCUGUAACAAGGAAAAUUUAAUGUUAAUGACUCGCGCCAAUAAAAAAAAAAAAAAAACACAAAUUCUACCCGUUGAGCUAGAUAAGUUAGUCGUGAGGUCCCUUUUUUAAGCUUGUACGCCUUUUCGUUAUGUGAUUAAAAAAAAAAGAUGCUCUGGAAGCUUUUUUUUUUUUAAAGUUCUAAAGCGAACACGUGACUCGUCAUAUGUUAACCUACAUAAAGACACCGUAUGUAUACACACAUUUUUACACAGUAAAAACAAAAAGAAAGAUUGCUGAAUCAAGCUCUGCAAUGCACCAGCUAGAAUGCAAAGACGUCUCACGGGUGCAUUUCUCACACACACACACACACACACACACACACACUUUGCGUUCAAGCCAACUUACUCGUCACGCUUCCCUGGUAGCCACAAAAAAAAGACCUCUGGAGGACACCUUGGCGAGGAACUCUAUAAAACAACAAUACAGUACAGACACUGCAGUUUGUAUGUUGAGUCCCAACCACCGCAGCACCCCCUUGUGGCCCCACCUGCGUCCUACAACCUUCACUGUGCCAUUCAAAAACAUGCCCACGUGUCCAUCUUUACAAUAACAAUUUAAAAAAAAAAAAAAAAAAACCUUCAUAAGCCAUCGACCGUCUACGGUAAAGCCAACAAUGCCUCCUCUUUAAGCAGCGUUGCAGGACAAUCCAUCACCUCCACUAAAGUGUCAAAACUUCUCCGGAAUGAAAAAAAAAAAUGGCGUCAUUAAAGAUUCUAUGUUAAGACAAGGAUGAGAGUGAAAAGUGGUUCAAACACAAACUCUUCCAAGUUAGCUGUGGUACCAAGCAAAGUCCUCCCACUCUGGGUGGGCUUCACAGUGGGCUUGAUGACAUUUGUGGUCCAGCACGGAUAUCAAGUCCAUCUAAUCUGGAAAACAUUGAAAAAGUCGAAUUAGCAAAAAUUAAAUUGUGCUUGGAAUGUAUUGAAUGUAUGAGAGAUUACUAAUUGUGGCUGUAAUACCAGCUUGUACCGCUAGAGGGAGCCAUAAUACUACAAUUCAAAUUGGACUUUUUACUGAUGUUGCAACAGUAGAACAUGGAAGC